GCCUCAAAGUGUGUGGGGAGGAUUUCUGUCGCUGAGUCAUGGCAGACAGAAGACCAGAGAAGUCAUGUGAACAAGCAUGUGAAUCCCUCAGGCAGCAGGAUUACGAGGUGGCGGUGAAGCACUGCACGGAGGCCCUUUUUUCCCUCAGCCAGUACCCUCCCACUCAUUUCCCAGAAGCAUGUCAGGCUGAAAUCGACCGCAUCAAAAUAGAGAGUCUUCUCUAUAGAAUUGCUUCUUCUUUACAACUCAAGAACUAUGGGAAGGCAGAUGAAGACUGUAGGCAUGUAUUGGGAGAAGGACUGGACAGGGAACGUGACACUUUCCGUGCAGUGCUUUGCUGUAUGCAUCUUAAAGGGAAGCUGCAGGUUGUAUCGAAUGCUCUUUCUAAAUCAUUGAUGGGUGAAUCACUGAACGGGAUGGUAACUAAAGAUUUGACGAGGCUCAAAACCCUUCUUGUUGAGACAGAGGCAGCAGUCGCUAAAGUACCCUCCGUAUACCAUGGUGAAGAGUUGGAAGAAGGAGCUCAGGAUGGUUGGCAGUUUCGCCCCCCACCCAGGGGAGUCACAAGUAGUGAAGAGUACACGUUAUGCAAAAGAUUUUUAGAGCAAGGUAUCUGCAGGUAUGGUGCACAGUGUACUUCGGCACAUUCCCAAGAAGAGCUAACAGAAUGGCAGAAACGUUAUGCUUCUCGCUUGAUAAGAUUAAAACAGCAGAAGGAAAACAAGCAGUGUUUAGGAAGUUACAUGGAAUCCUUGAUUGAAAAAUGGAUGAAUUCCUUGUCGCCUGAGAAAGUGCUUAGUGAAUGCCUAGAUGGCGUGAGAGUUGAACAUAAUCCUGAACUGUCACUUACUGUCACCACCAAAAAAUCACAACAGAUGUGGACAUUUGCUCUCACAUGUAAGCCUGCAAGAAUGCUAUAUCGGGUGGCAUUGCUUUAUGAUGCCCAUCGUCCUCAUUUCAGUAUCACAACAAUAUCUGCUGGCGAUAGCACUACCCAGGUAUCACAAGAGGUCCCAGCAAACUGCCAGGAAUGGAUAGGAGGAAAGAUGGCCCAAAAUGGAACAGAUCAUUCUGUGUACAAAAUCAGCAUAGCCUUUAGAACAGAAAUUUUCGGGACAUUUCGCCAAACUGUUGUAUUUGAUUUUGGGACUGAACCAGUUUUGAUGCAACGAGUAAUGAUUGAUGCUGCUUCAACAGAAGAUCUUGAAUAUCGGAUGAAUGCACGACAACAGCUAUUAACUACAGCCAAGCGUUGGGAUUCCACCUCUAAGACUAUUGUAGAAUUUGAGCCAAAUGAGACUACUGAAUUGGAUAAGAGCCUUCUGAUCAGAUACCAAAUUCCUCUUUCUGCUGACCAGCUAUUUACCCAGUCUGUCUUGGAUAAGUCAUUGACCAAGAGUAACUAUCAGUCACGACUGCAUGAUCUCCUUUAUAUUGAAGAAAUAGCACAAUAUAAAGAAGUCAGCAAGUUCAACAUAAAAGUGCAAUUGCAGAUUGUAGCAAAUUUUAUGCUCACUGGUGUUUCUGGAGGCGCAAAAUAUGCCCAAAAUGGACAACUUUUUGGACGGUUUAAGCUCACUGAAACACUGUCUGAAGACACUUUGGCAGGGCGACUGGUGAUGACCAAAGUCAAUGCUGUUUAUUUAUUGCCAGUCACUAAAGAGAAGUCAGUACUGGCCCAUGGAACCAAAGAGAAGGUGUAUGAAGCAACUAUUGAAGAAAAAACAAAAGAAUAUAUCUUUCUGAGAAUAUUCAGGGAAUGCUGUGAAGAACUUAAUCUUCGAGCAGAUUGUGAAAUGCAGGUUGAACUUCAGUUUCAGUUAAACCGUUUACCCCUCUGUGAAAUGCAUUAUGCCUUGGACAGGAUCAAGGACAACAGUAUUCUCUUUCCUGAUGUCAGCUUGACUCCCACAAUACCUUGGAGCCCCAACAGACAGUGGGAUGAACAGUUGGAUCCUAGGCUCAAUGCCAAGCAGAAAGAGGCUGUUCUGGCUAUCACAACUCCACUCUCAAUACAGUUGCCUCCUGUUCUUAUCAUCGGUCCCUAUGGGACAGGCAAAACCUUCACUUUGGCUCAGGCAGUCAAACACAUACUCCAACAGCAGGAUACUAGCAGGAUUCUCAUUUGCACCCAUUCUAAUAGUGCUGCUGAUCUCUACAUAAAGGAUUAUUUACAUCCAUAUGUAGAAGCAGGCAAUCCCGAGGCGAGACCUCUCAGGGUCUAUUUUAGAAAUCGCUGGGUAAAAACUGUCCACCCAGUGGUGCAUCAGUACUGUUUGAUUUCAAGCACACAUUCCACCUUUCAGAUGCCCCAAAAGGAAGACAUUCUUAAACAACGAGUAAUAGUGGUUACUUUGAAUACUUCACAAUAUCUGUGUCAGCUGGAUCUUGAGCCUGGGUUUUUUACACAUAUUCUGUUAGAUGAAGCUGCACAGGCAAUGGAGUGUGAGACUAUCAUGCCUCUAGCACUAGCAAAUAAAAACACAAGAAUUGUCUUGGCGGGAGACCAUAUGCAACUUAGUCCUUUUGUGUACAGUGAAUUUGCCAGAGAGAGAAAUCUUCACGUCUCACUACUUGAUCGUCUCUAUGAACAUUACCCUGCAGAAUUUCCAUGCAGGAUCUUGCUGUGUGAGAACUAUCGCUCCCAUGAAGCUAUCAUCAAUUAUACUUCUGAACUUUUCUAUGAGGGCAAAUUGAUGGCAAGUGGAAAACAGCCAGCCCACAAAGAUUUCUACCCUCUGACUUUCUUCACAGCACGAGGAGAAGAUGUGCAAGAAAAAAAUAGUACUGCUUUUUACAACAAUGCUGAGGUGUUUGAAGUAGUGGAACGUGUUGAAGAACUGAGAAGAAAGUGGCCAGUAGCCUGGGGAAAAUUGGAUGAUGGCAGUAUAGGUGUUGUAACACCAUAUGCUGAUCAAGUGUUCCGAAUUCGGGCAGAGCUUCGAAAAAAGAGAUUGUCUGAUGUCAGUGUUGAAAGAGUGCUAAAUGUUCAGGGAAAGCAGUUUCGAGUAUUGUUUCUCAGCACAGUACGAACACGGCAUACAUGCAAACACAAGCAAACACCAAUAAAACGGAAGGAGCAUUUAUUGGAAGAUUCAACAGAAGACUUAGAUUAUGGUUUUCUUUCCAAUUAUAAGCUUCUCAACACAGCCAUUACAAGAGCACAAUCCUUAGUAGCUGUGGUGGGAGAUCCUAUUGCUUUAUGUUCCAUUGGCAGAUGCAGGAAAUUCUGGGAAAGGUUUAUUGCCUUGUGUCAUGAUAAUGAAAGUCUGCAUGGUAUCACAUUUGACCAGAUCAAAGCUCAGUUGGAAGCUUUGGAAUUAAAGAAAACCUAUGUAUUGAACCCACUGGCUCCUGAAUUUAUUCCACGGGCUCUACGUCAGCAGCAUUCAUCAAACAUCAGUAAACUACAGCAAUCUCCACCAAAGGUGAAAGGCCAUCAUCAUAACCAGAAUGAUCAUUUCCAGAGUGAUGGAAUUGUUCAACCUAAUCCUUCUGUCUUAAUUGGAAAUCCUAUCAGACCAUAUACACCACCACCACCUCCCCCUCCUCCUCCUGGGCCUCAUCCCAGUCUUGGGAAAUCUCCUAGUCCUGUUCAAAGAAUAGAUCCUCACACUGGGACAAGCAUUCUUUAUGUUCCUGCUGUUUAUGGAGGAAAUAUGGUCAUGUCUGUGCCAUUGCCAGUACCAUGGACUGGGUAUCAAAGUAGGUUUGCCGUUGAUCCUCGAAUCAUUACUCAUCAAGCAGCCAUGGCAUAUAAUGUGAAUCUCUUACAAGCACACGGACGUGGAUCUCCUAUACCCUAUGGUCUUGGACAUCAUUCACCAGUUAGUAUAGGACAGCAGCAGCUUCAGCAUUCAGAUAAAGAGCAACUUGAACAAAAUCGUAUCAGCAAAAAUGAAUCUGGUACAGGACCUGAAAUCAAUAAAAUCCGGACACCAGAAAAAAAGCAUAUGGAAACCAAACAGGUUGACUUAGAAGCAAGUUCCCAAAAUAGAAGCCCGGAAUCACGCUCCAGCACUGCUUAUCCUAAUUCCAAAUUUCAUCGCAAAGAUAACAUUAACCCCAGGCAGUUGAAUCUUCACCUUACCCCUCCCCAUACCCAGUUUGCUGUUCCUAAUCGUCACUUCCCGCAACUACCCCAAGUUCCAAGACAGCCAUAUCCUGUACAACAGCAGCAAAACCUCUUAAGUCAACAACAAAACCAUUUGUCUGAACAGCAAAACCAAAUGCAUCCCCAACAAAACCAGAUUAUCCAGCAGCAUAAUCAUUUAAAUCAGCAGCCACAACAGCCACCUUCACAGCUUUCCCCUGUCUAUCAAACAGGACCCAACCAGUCAUUCUUUAAAAACCCAGUUCCGCACAGACCUCAUUCCCCUGGCAUAGAUUCUAUGGUUUCAGAGCAUCAUCCUCCAUCCCUUUUACAAGAAGUCAUUAACCCUCAGAGACAGCACAAUCCAAUGAUGCCCUCCCAUUUGAACCACUUCAUUGAAGAGAAUCCUCCAGGAAUGCCUAUAGGAGAAUCAUUAGAUCGUAUUCAUGGAAAUUUAGCUUUGGAAACCUUAAGGCAACAGCAAGCAAGACUACAGCAAUGGAAUGAGCAUAACGCCUAUCUCAGUCAGGGCAAUAUUCCUUAUUCUCACCAUCACCACCCUCACUUAUCCCACCUUUCUCAGCAGCCAAUUGGAUUGCAUCAACAGCCAGUUAGGGCAAACUGGAAACUUGCCAACAAUAUAGAAGAUGAACCUGAGGCAACAUAUUCAAGAUUCCAAGAUUUACUUCGAGAACUGUCACAUCGUGAUCAAAAUGAAAGCAGGGAUCUUGUUGAAAUGCCACCACCUCAGUCAAGACUUUUGCAAUACAGACAAGUACAGCCCAGAAGCCCACCAGCACUCCCCACACCAUCAUGCAACUCAAACCAUAGUGGCCAUUUUCCUAACUUCUCUGAGAACAGAGACAUUGAAGUAUCCAACAACCCAGCCUUUCAGCAACAUUUGCCUCAGAUGUACAAUCCAUCCUUUACCAUGCCAUCUGAACACAUAACCCCACCUUCCUUGAAAUAUCUGCAACCUGAUGGGUCAUGGACCUAUGCUAAUAUACACCAGAGUCAUCUAAUGGGGCAAGGCUUUCAUUAUAGUAUACCUCCAUUGCCUCAUAGAUCACAACAGAAUCCUUUUAUACAAAUGCAGAAUCAUCAGCACACGGUUGGUCAGGAACCAUUUCACUCCCUCAGUUCGCGGGCAGUAUCUGCUUCUUCGCUACACAGCUUAGAAGAGUAUGAACCAAGAGGACCAGGCAGGCCAUUGUACCAAAGAAGAAUUUCAUCUAGUUCAGCCCAGGCUUGUUCUGAAGAUUUAAAUACUCCUCAAGAGGGCCUUGGACAGUGUAAAGAGCUUCAGGACCAUAGUAACCCAUCCUCUUUCAAUUAUUCAUCACCCGAAAUGUGGGUAAACUCCACUUCAUCAGCCCCAUAUCAGAACAUUCCAUGUAAUGGAUCCAAUAGAGCAGUUCCAUUGAAGACUGCCAAAUCCCCCGAGGAACAGCUGAAGGUUGAAAACAUCCAGUUGUCCAGUUCUUUUAAUUACAAUGUGCUCCAACAUCUUGGCCAGUUCCCUCCCCUCAUGCCCAACAAGCAGAUAGCUGAGUCCAACAGCAACAGCCAGCCAAGUGCUGGUGUUAACAAGCCUGCCAUGUCCUACGCAAGUGCUCUGAGGGCUCCCCCAAAGCCCAAAGCCCCUCCUGAGCAGGCAAAAAAGAAUAGCGAUCCUUUGUCUUUGUUUCAGGAACUUAGUCUAGGUAGUUCAUCAGGUAGCAAUGGCUUUUACUCCUAUUUUAAAUAAUCAGAAUAUUUUUGUAGAGAAAUUUUAGUUUCUAUUUGUGUCUGUAGAUUUAAAAUAGUUGGGGCUUCACCUGCAGUUGCCACCAUUUGUCUUUGUUUAUAUUAGUAAAUAUACCUUGUUUUAAUUGCUUUGCUGCUAGACUUGAAUCUAACUUUUUUAAGUUAUAUUCCAUUAUCUUUUUUUCUUUUUGAUGUGGGUCAGAAGUUUGGAAAAAAAAAUCCCUAGAAAAACACAUACUAAAAAAAUUAUGUAACUAUAUAUGUGUUGCAUUAAACUAGCAGCUGAAAAGUUGACUGUGCAACUAUAAAAAUAUAUUAAAAAAUUAAAAAGUUGUCUAAAUUGUAUUUAAAAAGAAAUGUAAGUAGCAUUUACAUUUAUUCAAUAACAUUUAGCAUACUGUGCUGGGUUUCUGUACCAGAAAUGACCAGUCAAUGUACAAAUGUAUGUUAUGUCUGCUUAAAUUGUUUAUUUUUUUUUAAAUAAAGAUGCAGCAUCUUCUAAUUACUUUCACUUUUAUCAGCUUUCUGUGAAGGGAUGCUGCAUUCUAAGACUUUUAUAGUUUUAGAACCUGUAUGAUGUGGUAUAGUAAUCUCCUUGACUGUAGGAUAAAGUGAAGACCUUCUUUGCAGACCCAUAUGCCACUGUUAACGCUUCAGAAUCAAACGGAAAAGCAGUGGUCAAUUUUUUAAAAGGAAAAAAAAACACCCUACACAUCUUAUUUUGGGGACAAGCUGCUAAUUUUAGCUUGUUGGGAAGAUGAAAUUGAUAGGUUUAUAAACAAAAAUCAUGAAAUUAAAAACCUUUUUUGUUAUUUUGGGUGCUUUGUAGUUUAAUAACUAUUUUAAAAAAAUUGAGUGAAUUUAGUAAAAUAUUUGAGUCCCGCACCCAACUAUGCAUGUGUAAAUGCUUGUAAUCUGGUUUCUCCCCCUUUGGCUUCUUUAGUGGUAUAAAAAAUUGUGCCGUUUUAAGUUCUCCCUCUCCCUAGUAUCCUUUUGGUAUAUUAUUUGAUGUUUACAUUAAAUGUGACAUUAUACACAGAUAUUCAAAUAUUUUGCUAAUUGUUUUGUUUGAGGAACAUCAUUAAAGAAGAUUUUUAUGUUUGUCAAAGCUGUAUCCAAAUUAAUCCAAAUUUGGGGGGGAGUAACAUUGUGAGGGAGGGAGGGCAAAGGAAAUGUGCUCCUACAUGGUUGUUUUUAUCUUUGUAUGUUCUGCUAAGGUUUUCCACAAUCCUGGUCUUUUACCACUAUAUAUUGAAAUCUAUAAAGAAUUAUACAGCAAUAUGUAAGAAAAUUUUGGGGGAAAAAUACGGUAAUGUUUACCUUUCAGGUUGUGGUCUUGUACACUGUUCAUACUUUUGAAGUAAGGGAUGUAUCUUUUAUAGCUUCUACAGAGGCAUUUGUCCUCUUUUACACUUGAAAAGAUCUCUUUGAUAGGAGACAUUAAUUUUUAUCACCAAUUUAUUUAUUUUAAUUUCCCAUUGUAAGACACAAGGUAGUCUUAAAAGGUAGUAUCAUUUGUUCUCCUCACUGCUUUGAAACCAUUGAGAUCUAUCCACAGCCUCUUACUGAGCUCCUGUACUUUGCUGCUGUAUUCAAUCUGAUAUCUGCUCUUGUUACAAUCCAUUUAUUCCAUUCGUGUUUUGUAAAUUGUGAAAAUCUUAGUUUGGCUGAAAUCAAUGUCAUUUUUCUUCUUGAUUUCAAAUAAUUCAGGAUUUUCAGUGGUUUUUCUGUAAAAAAAAUUGCCUAUGGAUUUAGCACAUUGCAGUGUUUCAUGACUAUAGAGGACAUUGUUCAGAAGUGCAGCAUAACAACCAAACAAAGCAUAAAGAUAAAGCCCUGCUUAGUUUUGCUUACAAUUUGAGCAUGUGAUGUCAGAUGAGGAAGAGUUAAAAGCCAAGUCCCCUACAUUUUUAGUAGAGUUCUUGUUGCUGUUGUUAGUAACCUUGCUGUCACCAGUAACCAGAUAAUGGCCUGAUAAAAACAUGCUUACUGAGUCCUCUGAAAUUAGUGAAUCUAUUUCUGAUUGUCAUUUCCUAAAGGUCUGAUCUGAAAUGCUUCUUUUGAUUUCGUACUAGCGAAUUCUACUGAAGACAGUGAGACCUGUCUACACCUAACCUAUGGCAGGAAUGCAGUUCUGGUCUUCUUUAUGUGGGCACAUGAAAGAGAUGUUAGUGACAUGUACAAAAGUAGGAUGACGGUAGUUAGAGCUCAGAUGCACUUGCUGAAUUCUAGCUUUAAGAAUUUCAAAAUCACACAUCUAUAUAAUCUUAUGAUUGUAGACAAUGAUCACAUUAUUUAAAAAUUAAACUAUUAUACAUUGAUAGUCCAUUGAUUUCAUUCUGUGGGUUAGUUGAUGAAUAGUAUUCAUAUCAAAUUGCAUUACAUUUAAACUGCCAUACAAUGGUAUUUUCAGUGCAGAAACAACUUCCUGAAAACAUUAAAGCACAUUGUCCCUCUUUUUUCCCCACCCCCUUUAUUAUAGUUGUUUAAGUGUGUCUGAGUGCUUUUACUUCAUCAGUGAGUUAGGUCAGGUGCAUAUGUCUCUAUUUGGAAUAAUCAUUAACUUUUCAGGAUCCAGCAAUUCAAGCAGGGUUUCAGUAAUAUGAGGAAGAUAUUAUCAUCUUCAGUCCAUGGUGGAUUUAAACAGACAUAUUGUGGAGUUCAUAGGUUGAUUUUAAAAUACGUUUUUCUCUAAAAACAUUAGUAUAUUGGCAGCUUCAAAAAGAAAGAAAGAAAGAAAAGAAUUGGCUUUGCAUGUGCAGAAAAGCUCCACAUCAUUGCAGCAGGCUGUUUCUCUUUUUCACACUAGACCUUACAGGAAUUCUGUUGCCUUGUCUCAGACUGCUGUUUACACUGGAGAAAAAAAAUUCUUAAAAACAAAUCACAACAUUCUCAGUGAUUUCCGUCAUGGUGAAAAUACCAUCUUCAGUGGAUUGUUUUGUUAAUAAAGGCAUUAUGUGUUGCCAAUUACUGUAAAAUAAUAAUUCUAAUUUCAUAUUUACAACCCAGUUGAUAGAACUAUUACAUACUGAGAAAUGUGGAUCCUAUUUAUUCCAGUUUUAUACUAUAAUUUUUAAUUUCCCCUCUCACCUCUCCUCAAAAGUAGUAAGAUUUUCCAUCUUUAUUUCAUUUCAUGUUUUCAGGAACAAAAUAUACCAUUGUCAUGGGAACAACCAUGUAUGUCAUAUAUCACUGCAUUUAAAGAGAGUUCUAGGAUACAUUACUGAAUCUAGAAGGCAUAACUUGCUCAGAGUCAGUAAUAUUUGAAAGAAAAGACUAUUUUGUCUUUGACUUGUGAACCAUGUUGGUUGUCCUUAAAAUUAAUAUCUUAGGUAGAAUAAGUAUUUUUUUUCCCUUGUAGCUGAAGGAUUUGUUUUGCAGGGAUCAUUCAGUUUUGUAAAUUCCAGAAUGAUGUAAUUGAGAAAUUCUGCUUACUGUGACAUGACUCUUGAAAACUGGAUGGAUCCUAAUGCUAGGACAAUUUAACUUGUGGACCUCAUUUAAUUGUACUAUGGUGUUGGGUACGUACUGGAUUCUCCACGCCUGAUUUUUUUUCUACCUCUUUUUCCUUGCCCAGUAACUGUACUAGUUUGCUAGUAAUGCUAACCUCCCUUGGCUCAGCUGACUAGACCUUAUCAAUAUAAUCCUGCCACCUACUUUAUUUCAACCAACCAACAUCCUACUCCCCACAUAAGAUGCCACUGCUCUGUGUUUGCCAGUGAUUGAGAACCCUAGUACAAGAUUUGCUUGAAUGACUGAUGGUCUUCACAUUAAGUGCUCACCAUAUGUCUCAUGUUCUUCAUGAAGGACAUCCCAAAUGGUGUAAUCUUUUGCAAUUAUCUCCAGCAAAUAAGCAAGUACGGAAACACCCUUACCUGUAUGUUGACAGUCCUGUUCUCAGAUCGUGUAUAUGUAUAUGGUAGAUCAUCACUUAGUGCAGCCUUCCCCAACAUGCUGCUGUUCAGGUCUUUGGGACUACAGAUCCCACUUACCAUGAUCAUUGGCUGUACUGGCUGUCACUAAGAUGAGCUAUAGUCCAGUGGUGCAGCUUGCACAUAUUGGGAGUAAAGGGAAGGGGACAGGGACACACAUAAAGGCUUCUUGAUAUUAUAUAAGAAUUGUUGUAUAAGAAAUGGCCCUAGAUUUUAAGAGGCUCAGAGUCUGUGGCAGAGACAAAGCCAGUGAAAAAUGGCACAACAUCCCCAGUGAUAUUUUGAUGUUUUGUGUAUCCCAAGAAUUCACUCUAAGAAAAUAUAUUAAUAUAACUGUGCAUCUGUAAGAACUUUACUGAUGGCACAUCUGAAAUAUUCCAGAAAAAAAUAAUGGUUGUGAGACUCAACUGCAUACAUCUGCUCCUUCAACAUUCGCUUUUCCCUUUGAUCAUUUUACAAAAACAAAGUGGAAAAUGCAGUUUUGCAGCACCCCAGCCAUGACUUUUUUCUGUCUUUUUUCCCAUUUCAUAUUUUACUCAGUACUGGGUUCCUUAGCUACGCUGUCUUAUUGCGCUAAAAACUUCAAAUCACAAUUCCCCACUCUCCAGACCUUAUGAGUAGGGAGGCAGUGUGGCUGGAUAUGUAGCUCAACAUCUGAUUCUUAGUAAGUGUACUGUGUGUGUUGCAUCAUUUAGUCAACAAUUGUGAACUAGACAAGGUACACUUGGGAAAAGUCGAUUUUAUUUGUAGUCUUAUACCCCAAGCAUUGCAUUGCUAUAAAUUCUGGUCAUGAAAGCCCCAAGUAGCUUUAACUAAAUAAAUAAAAUGUGAAUUUGUGACAAUUUGUGCUAACAGUUCUGAAUCUAGUAGUGUAUCCAUCACAAAAUGAAUAUGCAUUUGAUAUAUGUGAAAAACUUUGUUAAUUGGCACAGCACUAUAGCAUUAAUAGAGUCACUUGACUGUCGAUCCAUCAUUAUACAACAUUGGUUUCUGUUAGGAUCCAGCUUUAAAUUAAUUAGAAUUGAUAAAUAAGUAAGGAUAGAUUUGAGUGGUAACAUGAAUUUUGAAUCAGCAUUUGUGUCCUAUUCAUAUAGUACCUGUACAAAUGUUCCCAUUCAUACAGGUCUUUCCCUCUAGUUGGGCACUGCAUUUCUAUUCUCAUGCAGAAUCCUUCCAGUUUUAUUUUAUUAGUCAUUGUGUCAGGUUAUUUGUCUAUCUUGCAUUUGCACUAUCUAUUCAUGUGUACUACCUGUUCAUCUAUCCAUAUAUAUUUGAUAGUGGCCAUUGCUAGUCUCUGAUGUGGAAAUACAUUUUUUAUUCUUCUGAUACUCAGACACCACAUGAUAACCAUAAAUCUAUUAUUGUUGGAUUUUUUUUUAAAUAGCCUAUUUUUGCUUUGUGGAACAUGUCAUUUUCAUCUGUCCUGGGGUAUUCUAACAGGCAUUUUUUUUUUUAUUUUGCCACAAUACAUCAUGGAUAUUUUUACCUAGUAUUAAAUGUAAUAAACUCUUAGCGAUCUACCCACUAAUAUUUGUUCUACCUCUGGUGUCAGCCUUUGUUAAAAUGGAACUAAUUUUAAUGGCCUAUGGACAUUGGAGACAGAUUAAAAAAAAUGUCCAUACUAGAGUCUGCCAUUGGAAGCCAAUAUUUUACCGUUAGGCUGUCCCUACAGUUCUUAUAUAAAAGCCAUUUGAAAACUGUAGUUGCUAAUUUACAAGACUGUGCCCCAAUUUCAACAAUCAGCAGGAUUUAAUGUGAUCACCUGUGGGCAAGUACAGAGUUGCUAAAGAAUUUAGCUACCUAGCAUAGAUCAGGGGAGGUGCCAUGUGGGUGCUAUGCACAUGGCCAUUGUGAUUUGCACUACUGUUGUGGCUCAAAAGAGACAAGUUGUGGUUGAAGCAUAUAUAGGCCCUAGCACUUUAUGCAAAUGGUGCCUUUAUACAUCUCCCACCAACUUGUACACUCACUAGAAGCUUCAUCCAUAUUUCUGCAGGCAGUCAUGUGUUGAGGUCUGAGCACAAAAAUGAGAACAAAACUUUAGAGGGUGUGUGCCUGCUUAACAUAGACCCAAAAGACUGGGUGCAAAUUUGGAUGUAGAUACCAUAUUUCUUAAAACUGCAGAAGUACUUCUACAAAGUAUUGUGUCUAUCCAGAUGGCAGGUUCCACCAUAACUUAAUUCUGAAUUUGGUAUGUGAGAGAAACUACCACAAAAGUGAGAUUGGCUUGUGAGUUGCCACAUAGACAGAUCAUGCUGAUUCCUGGAUUUGGAGGGCUCAUCCCCAUUAGAAUUGUUAAGUACUGAGUUGUGCUUGUAACUGUGAACUAUGGGUUAGAAGGAACAACGUGAACUAAGAUCUACAUAUGAUUGUGUGGUGAAAUUCACCUUUAAUGUUGUGUGGAUCUAUUAAUAAAAUUAGAAGUUAGUAAAAAUGAUCUGUUUUCAAGUGCUGUAUCAGCACAACUAACCUUAACAUGUCAAUCUGGAAGUGAUCCCACAUUUUUACAAUGGAAUUGCUUAUGUUUCCUAUGUAUUUUUGUCACUUCUCCUCAUAUAUAUUAUUAAGCUCCAUGAUUGAUCUUCCAUCCUAUUUGUUGUAGCACCCUGCUUUCUAAAUAACCUGUGCUUUGUCCUUAUAAUUUGUCUUUAGUAACAAGUCUUGAAGCUCACUCUACCUACUGUUUUUGCUGCCAAAGCCAAAUUCUGCCACCCACAAACUGUUGCUCUAGCCAGGAAAAAGUGGAAAGGUUGGAUUUGCAGUGUAUGGCCCCCAUUGUUCAAUUAUGCAAAAAGGUAAACCACGUUCAUUUGAAUGAGACACAAGUGCUUCUAACUGUGAACUAUGGGUGAGAAGGAACAACUUGAACGAAGAUCUGCAUAUGAUUGUGUGGUGAAAAGCACCUGUAAUGUUGUGUGGUUCUAUUAAUAAAAUUAGAAGUCAGUAAAAAUGGUCAAGUUAGUAUACAAAUCUCUAAAAUCUCAUUCGUUCAGGGACAAGAAUACAUCCUUAUUAACAUAAAUGAAAUUGUCAUGUCCAAAAGAAUACCAUGGGUUAUUUUUAGGAAAAAAAAUGGCCUUAUAUAUUAAAGUCAAUACUUCUAGGAUUAGCAGAAACUCCUGAAUGUAGCUCAGAAGAGUUGCAAAGCACCAAGAGUGAUCUAACCCAUUCACCAGUGAAACUGAAUUAACUCAUCUACUCAUGGUCCAGAUUGCUAAAUCCAGAAGGUGCUUUUAAAUUGUUUCGAUGACCUUUGUGAUUCCUUGUAAACUGCGUUAAGGAUUGGGGUCUUACAGUAUCUAUCUUCAAGUGUAAUGAUUGUCUUGGUGCACUCUUUAUUUUUAAAGAUUAAUGGUAACACAAAAUGUAUUUUACUGCUACAUUUAAGAUGUAUUUAUAAUAAAGAUGCCUUUUUAAUAAAUAAUAUUGCGAU